CGUCGCGUGAUGGCGCAUGGAGUGCUUGUGGCGGUGGUGCGCGGCACUGGUGCUAGCGACGCUGGCCGCCGCCGGCCCGCGGUACAGCUCGCGGAUCGUACACACUCACACAGGAGCAAUCCGCGGCAUCAUAGUGGAACCGGCUUCCCGCCGCCUGGAACCAGUGGAAGUGUUCUUGGGUGUCCCUUACGCAGGCCCCCCGCCGCGACUUGGAGUCCCACCAGCGCCUCCAAACUGGUCCGGCACGAGGCUCGCAGACGCAUUCGCACCUGUCUGCCCCCAGCGAUACCCGGACAUAUCCAACAAGAGCGCAGCGCUGUUGAACAUGCCACUUGGCAUCUACAACGAGUUGAAGGCCGCGGUACCGAUGCUCGCCAAUCAAAGCGAAGACUGUCUCUUCCUCAACAUCUAUGUGCCCGGUAGCGGUGCGCGAGGCGUGGAGGCGCCUUACGCGGUGGUGAUGUGGCUCGGGGCGCCGUCCCACGAGUGGGGCUCCGCCAACACCCUCGACGGAGCCGUGCUGGCGGCCCGGGCACAUCUGCUCGUCAUUACUAUUAAUUAUAGGAUAGGAUUAUUAGGCUACUUAACAACAGGGAUAGACACGGACCCCGUGCAGCAAGCAGGAGGCUCGGCCCAGCUGGACGUGGCGGCGGCUCUGGGCUGGGUGCGCCGCAACAUAGCCGCGUUCGGGGGCGAUGCGCGGAGACUCACCCUCGCCGGACACGCGGCUGGGGCGGCCCUCGCCAACGCCAUGCUCAUGAUGCCGGACACUAAAGGUCUCGUAUCCCGUGUGCUGCUUCUUAGCGGCUCGGCGCUGAGUCCGACGGCUCUGGCCCCGGACGCGACGCUGACCAGGGACCACACCGCGCAAGCGUUGCGGUGCAUCCCAGAAAAUUCUAAUGAUGAGAACUGGUUUGUAGAGUGCAUCCGGGCUCGUCCACUGGCCGCUCUGUUAGCCGUGGAAGCCCCAAAGGCGCGGUUCCUCUCCGGCUGGGCGCCCUCCGUCCCCGCCGGCCAGCCCCCCACCAGGGCGCUGCAUGCGAGCGACACGUUCCUUGAUUGCUCUCUCGCUAUUGUCGUGUCUACCACGGAGAGCUAUCAGUUCUUCAAUGAAGACGAUAUCAGACAUGGAUUUGAAGAAGAGCACAGAAACCGCAUCCUCCGAACGUACGUCCGCAACGUGUACCGCUACCACCGCAACGAGAUAUUCGCGGCCAUCCGCAACGAGUACACAGAUUGGGAGAAGCCGAUCCAGCAUCCCAUCAACAUCAGAGACGCGACGCUGGACUCCCUGAGCGACGGCGCCGUGGCCGCGCCCGCGCUCCGCCUCGCACAACUACACGCGCGACGCGGCUCUACUACUUACUUUGCUCAUUUCGCUCAUCAGACCAAGGACGCUGACUAUCCUCAGCGCCUCGGAAGCAUAACAAGCGAAACUCUACCAUACUUCUUGGGUUUGCCACUUGUAAGUGGAACACCUUCAAACCUUCGCAACUACUCCCGUGGGGAUGUAGCCGUGGCCGAGUCUGCCGUCGCUCUGCUCGCUGCUUUCGCGAAAACCGGGGACCCUACGGCGCGGAGUGAGGAGAGGCAUCACGACAACUCAGUUACUUGGCCUAGAUAUGAGAUCAAUACUCAACAGUAUUUAAGUAUAGGUACAAAGCUUCGUGUGAAGAGUCACUACCGGGGUCACAAGCUAGCGCUGUGGCUGCACCUGGUCCCGCAGCUGCAUCGCCCCGGGGCCGCGCCGCGCCACCACCAGUUCCGCUCCGUGCACCCCGCCAUGUUCGCGGGAGAGAUCUUCCCAGAACUAUAUACAACUACAGCAGCUUUGGAUGAUGAUGAAGAAAUUUCCGAAGCAGAAGAAGAUUCUUCAGAGGUAGAAGAGUGCGAGCCUUCACCCUCCCCGCGACCCGCUCUGUCGGCUCUCCCUUCCCUGCAGCCCACGCCUAAAGAAGACUCACUCACGUUAGACUCACAAUAUUACAGCUACACAAUAGCCCUGGGCGUGACAGUCGGCGCUGGGUGCUUCCUGCUGGCCCUCAAUAUGCUGGUCUUCGCAGGAAUCUACCUGCAGAGAGGAAGACGCCGAAGUAGUCACAGGAGAACGAGGAGAGAAGGUAGCAGCAAUAGCCGAGCUGGAGACUCUCUGAACAGUGACCCUGCAACAGUGACGUCACCACGGAAGAGUACUCUCAAGCGCAGCAGCGAGUCAGAGCUAAAGGAAAGGUCGAGUACCGUGCCUCCACCGAAAAAACGGGUUCAGAUACAAGAGAUCUCCGUAUAGAGCAUGGCUUUCAAUGAGAAGAUAUCCAAAGACAUCAAUAGUGGUCUCACUAUUUACUACCAAGUCGCACAGCACACAAAAACAUCGGAAAAGGUCGAGUCUUCGUCUGGCAUAAACGAAGCUUUUGAGUUUCGUGAUGACCGUCGGCUCGUGUGCCGCUCGUGUGCCGCUCGUGUGUCGCUCGUGUGCCGCUCG